AUGAAAAAUAAAACCAUAUUGACUGAGUUCAUCCUUCUGGGUUUAACAGAUGUCCCUGAAUUCCAAGUGGCAAUUUUCACUUUUUUUUUCCUGACCUACUUUCUCAGCAUCAUUGGAAACCUGACUAUCCUCAUCCUCACCUUGUUGGACUCCCACCUUCAGACUCCCAUGUAUUUUUUUCUCCGGAACUUCUCCUUCUUGGAAAUUUCCUUCACAAACAUCUUCAUUCCCAGGGUCCUCUUCAGCAUCACCACAGGGAACAAGAGUAUCAGCUUUGCUGGUUGCUUCACUCAGUACUUCUUUGCCAUAUUCCUUGGAUCCACAGAGUUUUAUCUUCUAGCUGCCAUGUCCUAUGAUCGCUAUGUGGCCAUCUGCAAACCCCUGCAUUACACGAUCAUCAUGAGUGGCAGAGUCUGCACCCAGCUGGUUCUCURCUGUUGGCUGGCUGGGUUAAUGGUUAUUAUACCACCAUUCACUCUAAUGAAUCAGCAGGACUUUUGUGCAUCCAACAGGCUGAAUCAUUAUUUCUGUGACUUUGAGCCUCUUCGAGAACUCUCCUGUUCAGACACUAGCCUCAUGGAGAAGAUAGUCUUUCUUGUGGCAUCUGUGACCCUGAUUGUCACUCUGGUACUAGUGAUUAUCUCCUAUACAUUUAUCAUCAGGGCUAUUCUGAAGCUUCCUUCAGCCCAGCAGAGGUCAAAGGCCUUUUCCACCUGUUCUUCCCACAUGAUUGUCAUCUCCCUCUCUUAYGGAAGCUGCAUCUUCAUUUAUAUUAAACCCUCAACAGAAGGAGACACAUUCAACAAGGGAGUAGCUCUACUCAUUACUUCAGUUGCUCCUUUGUUGAACCCCUUCAUUUACACACUAAGGAACCAACAGGUAAAACAAGCCUUCCAGGAUAUUCUCAAAAAGCUUGUGAAUCUUUAA